GUUCUCUUUUCGAUUGCCGUUCUGGGAAAGCAGGAAAAGGUGAGCGGGUGACUCAACCUCCAUCUCGUCGAGACGAAAUCGGCUCGCCCUUGCAUAAACGGCGGGACUAGGGCCAGCAUUGAAUUAAGGAUCUGAUUGAAGAGUAUUGAGCUCUGUCAUUCUGGUGGUGCACAAAAAGGGGGGUUGACCUGACGUUUCCUUCACAUUCGAGUCCUCGUCAUCUUCCCUGUCGUCGAUCUUUGUCCCCCGUCCGUGUUAGUUAGUUGGCUCUACUCUUCAACAUCCAACACCACAACCAAACACCAAACACCACACAUCCCCAACAUGGCCCAGCCAAACGGCACCCCGGCCUCAGAGCCCUGGACCCCCGCGUCCUGGAGGACCAAGCCGGCCAAGCAGUGCCCCGAGUACCCGGACCAGGCGGCCCUGGCGCGGGCGACGGGCGAGCUGGAGCGGCUGCCGCCCAUCGUGCACCCGCGCGAGGUGGAGCGGCUCAAGGCCCUGCUGGCCGAGGUGGCGCGCGGCGACGCCUUCCUGCUGCAGGGCGGCGACUGCGCCGAGCUCUUCGACUACUGCGAGCAGGGGGCCAUCGAGUCAAAGGUCAAGCUGCUCCUGCAGAUGUCGCUCGUGCUCGUCUGGGGCGCCGACAAGAAGGUGGUGCGCAUCGGCCGCAUGGCCGGCCAGUACGCCAAGCCGCGCUCCAGCCCGACCGAGCUCGCCGCGGACCCGGCCACGGGCGAGCCCGUCAGCGUGCCCAGCUUCCGCGGCGACAUCCUCAACGGCUUCCCCCUGGCCGAGCGCGAGCUGGACCCGGCCCGCCUCGUGCGCGCCUACCACCACUCGGCCGCGACGCUCAAUUACGUCCGCGCCGCCCUGGCCUCGGGGCUUGCCGACCUGCACCGCCCGCUCGACUGGGGGCUCGGCCACGUGCGCGACGACGCCCUGCGCGCAAAGUACCAGGAGGCCGUCCGGUUCCUGACCGAGAUGCUGCGCUUCAUGCACACCAUCGGCGCCGACAAGAGCGACAAGCUGGGGACCGUCGAGCUCUUCACCAGCCACGAGGGCCUGCUGCUCGAGUACGAACAGGCCCUGACCCGCCUGCUCGAGAACCCGGCCGCCCCUCCAUCGGCGGCGCCUCCCGCCGUCGCCCCGGGUGGCAGCAGGACCACCACUACCACCACUACCACCACCGCCGGCCGCAAGGAGUACUACGACACGUCGGCCCACUUCCUCUGGAUCGGCGACCGCACCCGGCAGCUCGACCACGCGCACGUCGAGUUCUUCCGCGGCGUCGCCAACCCCAUCGGCGUCAAGGUCGGCCCCACCACGCCCGCCUCGGACCUCCUCGGCCUCCUGCGCGCCCUCAACCCGUCCCGCGAGGCCGGCAAGCUGACCCUCAUCACGCGCUACGGCGCCUCGCGCGUCGCCGAGCUGCUCCCGGCCCACAUCCGCGCCGUCGAGGACAGCGAGUACAGCGGGCUCGUGGUCUGGCAGUGCGACCCCAUGCACGGCAACACCCGCUCCGUCGGCGAGUUCAAGACGCGCGAGUUCAGGGACAUCUUCGACGAGCUGUCGGCCUGCCUGCGCGUCCACGCCGAGCAGGGGUCGCGCCUGGGGGGCGUGCACCUUGAGCUCACGGGCGACGCCGUCACCGAGUGCCUGGGCGGCGCCGCAGAGCUCGAGGCCUCGGACCUGCCCACAAACUACACCAGCUUCUGCGACCCGCGCCUCAACGAGAAGCAGGCCCUCGAGCUCGCCUUCCUCGUCGCUGACCACUACCGCCAGCGCCAGGGGAGGAUCCCGCCACCGCUGCCGCCGACAGCUGCGGCAUAGGCUUGCUGCGGCUGUAUUUUUCCCAUUUCUUCCCGUCUCGUACCAAAAGUCUGACUGAUUUCGACCAAAAAAAAAAAAGCCCACAACUGUGGCAACCCAAAAGAGCCUAUGCGGCUUUGUCAAUGGCGUCUUCUUGUUAUAAAGCGUGGGAUCUUCUCGCGCUAGGUCUUUGGGGCCGCAAAAAGGCAACCCUAUAUCUGGCUGGAUAGAACCAAAUAUUUCCCGGUAUAUAUCAAAUUAUAUACCAGGUGCAAUUUCAUACCAACAACAUGCCACUACAAGAUUUUGGGACGUGAUUGACAUGCUAAAUUCCACUCUCCACCUUCUUCC